AUGUCGACGGCGACGCUCGCGACGCUCGCGAUCCCCCGAAGCCUCCGCGCGUGCCUCGCCGCGAAACAUCGCCCCGCCGCGGGCCGGCGCCUCCGCCCGGCGCUGGUCGCCUCCGCGGAGAUUCCUCCAUCCAGCGGCGGCGGCGGCGCGCGACAGCCGCUGGACGCCGUUCGAGCCAUCGAGACCGCGUCCGACGGCCAGCGAUCGGACCUCGCCGUCGUCCUCGUCACGCCGCAGAUCCCGGGCAACACCGGCACGAUCGCGCGAACGUGCGCGGCGGCCAGGGUACCCCUCCACCUCGUCGGCCCGCUCGGCUUUGACCUCACCGACGCCCAGCUCAAGCGCGCGGGGCUGGACUACUGGAACAGCGUCUGCGUCAGGGUGCACGACGACUGGGACGCGUUUCACGCGUACUGGCGCGACGCACUCGGCGCACCGGGGCGGCUCGUCGCGUUCAGCAAGUUCGGCGCCAGGCCGCACGCGGAGGAGGGCGCGUACAGAAGCGGCGACUGGCUCUUGUUCGGCGCCGAGACGACGGGGCUGCCGGGCGCGGCGCACGACGCGUGUGCCGACUCGGGCGGGAUACGGCGGAUACCCAUCGACGAGACGCACGUUCGGUCUCUGAACCUGGCGGUGAGCGCGGGGGUGGGGGUGUACGAGGCGCUGCGGCAGAUCGACGGGCCGCCGGUGCACGGGACGGACGAGCCGGCGACGCGAAGGGCAGACGCGCCGGGGACUUGGUGA